AUGGAAAAUUCCGAGGAAUUUUACAGAAAGUUGUGCUCGCUGGAGACGGUCCGGUCCGAAAAGAAAGGAUUCUUCCGAGACUUUAGCGAGUGCGUGGCUCGAGUAGCUGGCGACACAUGGAUCUCGAGUGUGUUUGGUCGAUUGGCCGACGACGAGGCUCGUAUACGAACGGUCUUCACGGACGAUAAGAUAAAAGACACGGUGCUCGAGACAUUGAACAGAACGAAGAUUCUGUACAGAACGAAAGACGCGGAGGCGUCCAGAGCGAGAAGGCUCGAGGCAUUCGAGGCGGCAGCCGCGGGAGAACGAGAAAAGGCUUUGGUGCUCUUCGGUCAGGCCGUUCUUCGCGCGCCAACCUCGUUGUCGGCGGAGCUACCUCGGGUGAGCUGCGGCGAACAUCCGAGUAUGCCGGCCGCAUCGGCGCUACUGGAUGUCGAGGAAACAACAACAGCGGGGAAACGAGCGAUCGCGAGCAAAGAAAUCGAUCCUGGGGCCACACUGGUGGUCGAACCGCCGCUCGCGUCUUGUCUGCUACCCGAAUUUUUCGGCACGCAUUGCCACCAUUGUUUCUCGCGACUGAGAAGACCCAUAGGAUGCUCGAAUUGCAGCAGCGUCGCAUUUUGCAGCAGAACGUGCCGUGACGAGGCGGUGACGAGCUAUCACAAGUACGAAUGCAAAAUACUGGUGCUGCUGAUAGGCUCGGGCAUGAGCGCUCUCAGCACGCUUGCUCUGCGAAUGGUCACGCAGUCGGGUUCGCGCGAGUGCGCAAGCAUCGGUCGCGCGUUGAACCGACGGAACGGAGAAGACGACCACCGGAAGACCGAGGAUGAACCUGAAACGAAAUCGACGACGAAGCCAAGCAGAUCGGCGAAACGACGAAUUAGAAAGAAAAUGUUACGGGACUCGAAAUACCAGAGAGAGAAACCGGAUACCGAAAACGGGGCCGUGACCGAGAACGUAUCGAUGGACGAGAAGAAGGAACAAGAAUCCGUUGACCUUCGAGCAUACGGGCUGGAGAUGCACGCGAACCGGAGAACGGCCGAAGACUUUUUCGAAAGAUCGUUGAUGGCGGCUUUCCUUCUCAAGUGCCUGCAGAGAGUGGAGUUUUUCGAAAAUCCAACGGCCGACAACGAAGCACCGACUCAGUUGGAAAUUCAAGUGGGCGCCCUGUUGCUGAAGCAUCUUCAGCUGUUGCAGUUCAAUGCUCACGAGGUGUUCGAGACUCGAGUAGGAACGGAACAUCGGUUUCGCGGUAGCAGGCCAGUUUACAUUGGCGUGGCGAUCUAUCCGACAGUGGCUCGCUUCAACCACGACUGCUAUCCAGCUGUAACCAGGUACUUCGUCGGUCGAUCCAUCGUGAUUCGAGCGACUCGCAGUUUCCGUGUAGGAGACACGAUCGCCGAAAAUUAUGGACCGAUAUUCACCAAGAGAAGCCUGGAGGAGCGGCAACGAACUUUGGCCGGAAGAUAUUGGUUCCGAUGCGAGUGCACGGCUUGUCGCGAAAACUGGCCCCGCUUCGAUACAGCGUUGACGAACGACGACGCGCGGCUGAGAUGCCCGACACAAGGAUGCCGGAAGCUUCACCGAAGACCACGAGAUACGGGCAAAUCGAUCGAGUGUUCGGCCUGUCGACGAACAAUCGAUCUACGCGGAUCCCUCGCGUCUUUGCGCGAAUGCGAGGAUCUAUACGGGCAGGGGUUCGCAGCAAUGGACCAAGAGCAGCUCGAGCGGGCUUUGGAAGCGUUCCUCGAAGCGGCGAAAAUCUUUCACCGAAUAGCCGUACCGCCCCACAAGGACACACACUUGGCCGAGAUCGCGGCGAGCGCGUGCAUGGCUGACGCUGGCAACGUCCGGAGACAGACUCCUCUCCUUUCAUCGGAAUCGAAGCCGGACGAUUCACACGUUCGCCAACGAAACGCGAUACACUUCUGAAAACCCGCUCAACGCCUAAUCAACAUCUCGCCAACCUGUAUUUACCUACAUCCUUCCGCUAGUCUGCAAUCCUCUUUUUCCAUCUGCCGCGAUGCCGAAACAGAUUUGCUCCGUCGACCGAUCAAUUUUUCCCAACGAAAAAACAAUCGAGAUUCGGCAUCGAUAUCAACUGCUUUCGUAUCUCGUAUGUGCACAAAACACCCGUUCAAUAAAGCUUCCCCUGUCGCGCGUUAUCCCGUCGAAUUUCCCGACAAAAUUCAAAUCGAUUCGAUCGAUUCUAGGGACGCAAACGUUAACGCGAUUCUCUCUGCGCCCCUUCCUGUCAGGUGUCUGACGAGAACAUGUACAUAAAGUUAUCGCAACAUUCGUUCGAAAAGAGCCAGACAAAGGCGGGGACCGCACAAACUCUGUCGCGACCUCCGACAAACUAG